AUGGCCACCAAAUCCCACAAGAACAAGAAGCCUACUACUGCCUCCAAGCCGUCUAUUAACCCCAAGUCCCCUUCCCCCGACAAGAAACCCAAGCCCCCGAAGCCCGCCGAGGAGCAGCCGGAGCAGGCGGCAGCGGUCAAGAAGCCGAAGAAGCAGAAGGUGAGGGACGAGAUCGACGAGAUCUUCAGCGCCGCGAAGGCGGGAAAGAAGCGGAAGCCGCCGCAGAGGGAGGAGGCCUUGGCCCAUGGGAACAGGAGGAAGAAGCCCAAGGAGAGGGCCGAGGGGGGCAGCAGCAGCAAGAAGAAGAGCAACAAGGCGCCGGGGAGUAAGGGCAAGGGUCGGGUGGCUGACGACGAGGAGGACGAGGAGGAGUUCGAGGAGAAGCGGCCGCGGCGGCGCACUGCGGACGGGCUCGCCAUAUACUCGGCCGAUGAGCUCGGGUUCGGCAAGGCCGAAGCCGGUGGCACCCCGCUGUGUCCCUUCGACUGCGACUGCUGCUUCUGA